CUUUUCCUUCGUUCAUAUUCCUCACCACAAGUAACUCAUCCGUGACCCAUUCGAUCAAAUGGCCAUGGCCGGAGCUACCCUCUGUCCUCAGAGCAUCACCGGAGCAAUGGUGAGCUCAAGCAGCAACACCACCACCACCAAGAAGAGAAUGACCAAAGCCAUUCACGUGAGAGGCCUCAACUCAUUCGGUGGACUGAAAGCCACCAACGAUGUGAUCUCCAUGGGUCUUCCUUCCAGCACCGAGCAUUGCUUUGCUAAGAUUGUGAGCUCAGUGAAGGCGACCUCAUCAUCAACCGGAAGAGGAAAGCGUGGUGGAGCACUCUCGUCGACAUGCAAUGCUGCCGGUGAGAUAUUCACCAUUGCAGCAAUCAUAAACGGACUUACUCUCGUUGGGGUUGCAGUUGGGUUUGUGCUUCUUCGGAUUGAAGCGUGGGAAGAGGAACAGAGUGAAGGUUGAAUCAGAUAAGCGAGUAAUUUCAAGAACAUGUUUGUAUUAUUGUAUUUGAGUAGUACUGUGGUUUGUUUAUGAUUUGCUAUUAUGGCUGAAAUACAUGUUUCAGGACGUUCAAUUCUGUCUUUGCAAAUAUAUUUUUCAUACAAGUUCAAAUGAAAUAAUAUUCGUCUAUUUUCAUACAA